ACGCUAGGCUCCAGCUUUAUUCUCUGUCUGCACACGAGUAACCUGAUUCCCAGGGCAACCGUUGCCACCGCAAAACACCCAAGACCGGACUCCACUGCUGGGGAAACACAAGGCACAGCCCUGUCUACGGAAUGAAACUUCCUGCUGUUUGCUUGAAUUCCACAACUCUGUCUAUUCCUCGAUCCACACCUGUCCGCCAAAGUCGCUACCUUAUGGUCACUCCCCUGACAUUGCCCAUCAUCAUCUCACCUGCCUCGGCAGUACUGCCAGUCAGCCAGUCUGUCCCCAGACUGGACCCCCUCCAUCCUCCUCUGGCCAAUAGACGGACUGUCAGCCUGGAGACCCCUGCUGUGCAUCACCACAACCACCAGAGGGCACUGGUUAUGCAGAGAAAGGAGCACUAUAGGUAUCACCAGGUGUGGCGGAAGCCAUUCUACGGAUCUUGCACUGAAAGAGAGGAGUACAGAUCGGAGGUACGUCAGCAGCUGAAGAGGCAGAUGGAGGAGAAGAGGGCGGGGCUGAUGCUGAAGUUGACCAGUAAGGCAGAGGAGGCUGAGUUUUUACAGGAAGUGGAUCGCUUGGCUCUGUCCAGUGAGAAACAGCAGAGGAUCCAGCACAGCAGAGCGAUGAGCCACUACAGAGAUGAGAACAAGAAGCUGAUGGAACAGAGCUGGAUGGACAGGGCACUGAUUCGCUCUCAGGAGGCCCUGAUGGAGAGAGAACUGCUACGCCACAACCCCAUUAAUUGGAGCGGCACACUGAAAUAGAAGCACACACCUGUUCACACAUUCUCUUUUUCCAUAGCUAGCUUUAUAGGGGACUUCACUAUUUUUAGGGUUAUUUAAUUAGGCAAGUCAGUUACGAACAAAUUCUUAUUUACAAUGACGGCCUACCCCAGCCAAACCCUAACGACGCUGGACCAAUUGUGUGCCGCCCUAUGGGACUCCCAAUCACGGCCAGUUGUGAUACUGGCUGGAAUCGAACCAGGGUCUGUAGUGACACUUCUAGAUGCAGUGUCUUAGAUAGUAGCUUCUGAGUGGUGCAGCGGUCUGUUUCCUUAAAUGGCUUUCAUCUAUCGCCUACAUGCAACAGCAGUGUUUUAGUAAGGUCUUCAGCAAUGAGCAGCAGUAGUUCAAAUUAAAUUGCUUUUAGUUCAUUUCAACAUGUCAAAUAAAAAUGGUGAAAGGAUAUUGUAAAGAAAAUAGCACUCUGGGGGAAAAAAAAUGGUCAUAAUGCAAGUAAGUGCAGCUGGGAAUCUUAGGCCUAACAUACACACAUACUGGUUCUGGAACCUAAGGACAUGAUUAAAAAUAAAAUAAAAAGAUUAUUGAAAAUGAAAAAAUAUAAUUUGAAUAAAUGUUUUAUUCUAAGCGCACUAGCUUUAGUAGAUACUCAGGAUGAGGGUGGAACAACGUAUUGGGAUUGAGUGGAUGCACAUGUUGACACAGUUCUGAUAAAAUACACUUGUGCUUUGUACAGUCGUGGCAAAAAAGUUUUGAGAAUGAGACAAAUUUAUUUCCACAAACUUUGCUGGUUCAGUGUCUAGAUAUUUUUGUCAGAUGUUACUAGGGAAUACUGAAGUACAAUUACAAGCGUCAAAGGCUUUUAUUGACAAUUUACAUGAAGUUGAUGCAGAGUCAAUAUUUAAAGUGUUGACCCUUCUUUUCAAGACCUCUGUAAUCCACCCUGGCAUGCUGUCAAUUAACUUCUGGGCCACAUCCUGACUGUUGGCAUCCCAUUCUUGCAUAAUCAAUGCUUGGAGUUUGUCAAAAUUUGUGGGUUUUUGUUUGUCCACCCACCUCUUGAGGAUUGACCACAAGUUCUCAAUGGGAUUAAGGUCUGGGGGGUUUCCUGGCCAUGCACCCAAAAUAUCAAUGUUUUGUUCCCCGAGCCACAUAGUUAUCAUUUUUGCCUUAUGUCAAGGUGCUCCAUCAUGCUGGAAAAGGCAUUGUUCGUCACCAAACUGUUCCUGGAUGGUUGGGAGAAGUUGCUCUCUGAGGAUGUGUUGGUACCAUUCUUUAUCCAUAGCUGUGUUCUUAGGCAAAAUUGUGAGUGAGCCAGCUCCCUUGGCUGAGAAGCAACCCCACACAUGAAUGGUCUCAGGAUGCUUUACUGUUGGCAUGACACAGGACUGAUGGUAGCGCUCACCUUGUCUUCUUCGGACAAGCUUUUUUCCGGAUGCCCCAAACAAUCGGAAAGGGGAUUCAUCAGAGAAAAUGACUUUACCCCAGUCCUCAGCAGUCCAAUAUUUUGCAGAAUAUCAGUCUGUCCCUGAUAUUUUUCCUGGAGAGAAGUAGUUUCUUUGCUGCCCUUGACACCAGG